AUGUCGAUGAGCAUGAGCAUGAGCAUGAGCUCGAUGUCGAUGUCUGGCACCCCUACCAGUGCCGCGUCCGCCGCGUCCACGUCCGCGAUGUCCUCCAUGGACAUGGACAUGGGCUCCGGCUCCUGCCAGAUCUCCAUGCUCUGGAACUGGUACACGAUCGACAGCUGCUUCCUCUCCAGCUCCUGGCACGUCACCUCCAACGGCGGCUUCGCGGGCACCUGCAUCGGCGUCAUCCUCGUCGUCGUCGCCGUCGAGCUCGUCCGCCGCCUCCAGCGCGAGUACGACCGCCACCUGCACCGCACCAACUCCGCCCUCUCCAGGUCGAGCUCCGUCGAGGGUCUCAACCCGGUCAAGACCCACGUCGCCGCGGACCGGCUCACCGUGCCCCAGCACCUCCUCCGCUCGCUCCUCUACACGUUCCAGUUCGCGGGCGCGUACUUCGUCAUGCUCCUCGCCAUGUACUUCAACGGAUAUAUCAUCAUCUCCAUCUUCAUCGGCGGUUUCAUCGGGGCGGCCCUCUUCCAGCGCGACACCUACGGUGGAGGCCAGUCCCACGCCGGUCCAGAGACUCGCGAAGGCUGCUGUGGUUGA